UGCACUCUCGCCACUAAGGAGUGGUGCUCCCUUUACUGGGACGCGCUCCAGCUUCUGAAGAAAUUUGGGAUUUUCAUAAGUUCUGAAUCUGUUAGAGCCCUCAUAAGGACCUAUUCCUAUAUGGAUCUUGCUGAAGAAGCCAUUCAGUGUUUUGAUAGAAUGUAUGAGUUCGAUUGUGAACCUGAUGCUCACGCCUAUAACACUAUCUUGAAGAUUGUGCUCAAGAAAGACUUGUUUGUGUUGGCUUUUUCGCUCUAUAAUGUUAUGCUUUGGUCUAAUUCUUUGCCAGAUGACCACAGGUUCACUCUCUUGAUUGGUGGAUUCUGUAAGAUUGGAAACUUCAAUGCUGCCCUCGAGAUGCUCGAUGAUAUGAGCAAGAGGGCUGUGCUACCUGAUGUUAAGACGUAUACGGCUAUUAUUUAUGGCCUCUGUCAGUGGAAGAAGGUUGAUGAGGCGUUUAGGUUGUUUAACACUAUGAAAGAAAAUGGGUGCUUGCCUACUUUGCGUUGUUAUAAUGUCUUGAUUAAUGGGUUUCGCAAGAACGGGAGGACAGAUGAAGCGCUUUCUUUGCUGUCUUUGUUGAGGAUAGAUGGUUUUGCUCUUAAUCUGCAGAGUUAUUGUUCUCUGAUAAAUAGCUUCAUUCACGCCAAGAGAUAUAGUGAGGCAUAUGUAUGGUACACCAAGAUGUUUAAGAGGGGAAUUGUGCCGGAUGUUACUUUAUAUGCUAUCAUGAUACGUGGUUUGUCCGAAGAGGGUAGGGUUGGUGAAGCUGCAAAGAUGUUAGAUGAGAUGAUUGGGAUGGGUUUAGUACCAGACGCCUAUUGUUACAAUGCAUUAAUCACAUCAGUAUGACAAAACAAUGUACGUUAUUCGACGGCUAAGGAGAAUGAGGAGCAAUAAAAUGCAGAAUUUUGAAUGAUUGAAUAACUCCGACUAUUCAAGAUGGAUAUUAUUCUUUAUUUCGCUCCUCAUUGAUACCCUGUUAAGGGAGAAUGGUUAUGAAUCGGGUGGCUUGCUACACUUUCAGGAUGAACCAAAGGUAUAAGGGAUAGGAAUGAUUCGCUGCAAUAUAUGGCUUGAGCAUUAGGCCUGAGCCUAGCUACGUUGUGAUUGUGCUCGAGCAUGGUAAAAUUUUGACAAUGUGCUCAAGUACAGCAUAAACACACUCUAGAACAACAAUGCAUAAACAAAAAAAUCUGUUCUCAAGCUUAAUGAUUAGUAAAAUGCCGCUUAGUAGGUAUAAAGUCAACAUUGGUGAUUACCUAACCUAACCUAACCUAACUUCUUCCCAGAAGACUAAGGAAGCUGAGGAAAAGUGUUUGAGAGAAGACUGAAUGUUUUGGAGGUUCAUUUGAGGCACUUGAGACUUUCUCAGGCUUGUCUUUGUAUCUCAAAUGGAGGAUUCCACCUGUACUUCAUUUUCUUCACUUUUCUUAAUAUCUUUGUGGUUCACUUUUCCAUAACCUGAUGUGAUGUUUAAGAGUGUGUACCAUAAACUAAUAGGAUUUCCUUCAAAUUUAGAAUACCUGAGAGUGAAAAUUAGAUUGUAUGAACAUGCUAGUGGUUGAGAGUUACUACAAGUGACUACCCAUCACUGCUUGCCCUGCUUUGUUCAAUGUCUUUUUAGUCAUUUAAUUGUUUCUCCUCCUUCCUACUUUAAGUUUUGCUUAGGAGACUCUAGAUGUUCCAGAUUGCUAGGUUUUGGAAUUUGGAUACAAAAGAUGCUAUGCUCUUCUGCCUAUUCUUACCAAAGAAUUUGCUUCUAGUUAUAUGUUUAUAGGCAAAGUAUUUGAUGGAACUCUCCAAGAGAGCUCCAUUAAAUAGAGUUGCCCAAUUUAUUUACAAAAAAGUCCCAACUCACUAUGAUAUAUUUACAAUUACACCCCAGGCGACAACCAGUGAUGAGAUCUUAAAUAGCGGAACAAACUUGAAAAUUGAUCUGAGACACAACUUUUUGGGACAAAACCCUGUUAUCCAGGAUGUUGCAUUCACUUCCCUCUCUUGGCGUGUAUAGUUAAGCCGAAAUUGAAUGUUAAUCUCCCAAUUUGCUUAUAUAGUUUUUCACUUUGUGGAUUGUAUAUGGAUAAAACUAGAAGUGGUGAGGAUCUCAUCCAUGAAGAAGAUAAGGUUUUAUUCUGGGAUAAUGUAUCUUUUGAAGGCGAUAAUGAUGGCGAAGAAGAUUAUGAGUUUGACGACACAGAUGAAUAUGCGGUGGACGUAAUUGUGUGCAAUGAAAUAGAGUGUGACAUGCAACAAGUUGAAGAGCAAAAAUUGUGUUUUAUUGAAGUUAUUGAAGGCUUAGAUGUAUAUGAAAAUGACCCAGGUUUGAUGAAAAGGAAAAUUUGUGUAUAGGGUGAUUUUGUGCAUGGAACAAUAUUAGAGCAAACUUUAGAUGAGCGUCUUUGCAUUAUGUCAAAGCGGCAAAGACUCACCAAGUGGGACCCAGAAGUAGAAUUUUGCACUACAAGACUAGUUUAUCUUAUUUUCUGUAAUCCUUAGUUAUUAGAUUAGUAUAUAUAGAACAAGGAUCACCCUUGUUCGAAACUUUUAUGCCUUAUUUUCAAAUUACAUUGUUUCCUUGUACAGUAUGAGUUACUAACAUCCUAGGUUAAGGUUAGGAGCUCUGCUAAUUCUUAUGAAUUAAUCAUAUCACUAUUCCACUUCAA